CGCUUGCCGAAGCGAUGGCAGCGGCGCGACGUGCGUUUUUGUUUCGAAAGAAAAGCGUUUCGCGAGUGACCCGCGGGUCUUACGUGACACUCGUUCGCGGUGCUCUGAUGUGUAUUUCGCGGUGUGCCUGCAGCUACAUGUCGUGUCUAAUUUUAUCCAUUUGUGGUCAGUAGGUAAAUGAAAGUCAGCCGUCGACCGAAACAUAACCUCUACACUUUAAGACGCCAGCGCCGCCGCGGGAGAUCCUUCCUCCGAAGCCUCUCCACGAGCGGAGCGGAGCCAUCAUGCUCGGGCCUGGGCGCGGAUUCGACGCGCUCCAGGAGCCUGACGCACAUCGCCGCGCUGGACAUGUCCGCGGACGCUGGCCGUCCGGACAGACUUGUUGUUCCCGCCGGAGACGGCAGCGGCUGCCACUCGCUGCGGCGACAGAAGCUCACCAGCCGGUCGCAGUUGUCCAGCUCGGAGUACUUCUUGGUGACGUUCGAGGUGGGCGGCGGCGUGGACGCGGACCCGCUCCAGGCCGACGAGGAGUACGUCGUCGCCGCCAAGGGCACCACCCUCGAGGAGGCGCUGUCCGGGCCCUGCCUGAAGCGAGGCAUCGCGCUGAGUGCCGUGUGCGUGCUGCUGGAGGGCUGCAAUGUGGACCUCGCCUCCACGUCCCUGCACACCGAGAGCUCGCUGCUCGCCGGCAAGCAGCUGCGCAUCCGAGCCAAGCACGAUGCCAAGACGGGCAAGGCCGUGCUGUCCAGGGCCGCCACGACGCAGCCGCCCACGCUGCGGAAGACGUCCGGGAGCGUCCGCAACAACAGGCGCUUCUUCAGCACCUCCACGGAGGACCCCAGCUGCACGGCGGCCGCGCCGCCAGCACCGGACUUCCUGGGCCUGGAGACCCAGGGCAAGAAGGCGUCCAAGCAGCGCUGGAGUGUCUUCUUCGGCAACAACAAGGACACCAAGAUCGAGGCCCUGACGGAGCAGCUCGACAGCUACACCAAGCACGGCAUCCCCAAGGACCCCAACGGCGGCGCGGACGCCGAUCUACGGCUGCACCAGCUGGAGAAGAACUGGCGCGACUUGGUGGAGGGCAGCGACGCGCUGCCGGAGCGCCUGCAGCAGCAGCAGGACGCCAUCUGGGAGCUGCUCCACACCGAGAUCGCCUACAUCCGGACCCUGACCGUCGUCAAGGACCUGUUCCUGGCGUGCCUCACCAGCCUGCAGGAGGCGCGCAUCCUCACGGACGUGGACAAGACGCGCCUGUUCAGCAACGUGGUGGACAUCCACGCGGCCAACGUGCACUUCUGGGAGCAGUACCUGGCGCCCCUGGUGGCCGCCACGCGCGACACCCGGCAGCCCCUCAACCCCCACCACCUGCUCGACGGCUUCCACAAGUUCGACGAGAUAUUCCGGCCCUACGUGCAGUACUGCGUCGAGCAGGUGGAGUGCCAGAAGUACUGCCGACAGCAGUCGGAGGGCGAGCUCUUCACAGUGUACCUGGCGUGGUGUGAGACGCAGAGCGCCUGCGACCGGCUGCGGCUCGUGGACAUCCUGGUAAAGCCGAUGCAGCGCCUCACCAAGUACUCCCUGCUGCUCAAGGCCAUCCACAAGAUGACGGACUGUGAGGAGCAGCGACAGGGCCUCGAUUACAUGAUCCGGAGGGUGGACGACUUCGUCAACAGCGUCAACUCGAGGCUGCGGGAGCGGCAGGACCAGGACAGGCUGCGGGCCAUCAUCGCCCGGAUAGAGAACUACGACGUGGUGGAGUCCAAGGACGAGGACCUGGAGAAGAUCGUGCGGCUGUACAGCGACCUGGACCUGACCAGGCCGAUGCCCGACUGCCCGUCCUCGCAGCACCGCUACCUGCUGUACGAGGGCGACCUCCGCCUCAGGGACCUCAACAACUCCAAGGUGGACGUGCGCUGCUUCCUGAUGACGGACAUGCUGCUGGUGUGCAAGGCCACGAGCAAGAAGGGCGAGUCCCGGACGGCGCGCGUCCGCGUGCUGCGCCCGCCCUACCUGGUGGAGCGGCUCGUGGUGCAGGAGCUGCCCCGGGACCCUCCCACGCUGGCCUGCGUGUACCUCAACGAGUACAAGGUGGCCACCACCGCCUUCCUGCUGUCCAGCCCCGAGGCCAAGGUCGUCAAGACGUGGAACGACAUGAUCCGCAAGGCGCGCGGCCUGUACGCCCAGGCCAAGCAGGCGGCGGGAUCGACGCCGGGCGUGUCACUGCCGCACCACGCGCCGCCCCUGUCGCAGUCCCGGCAGCCGUCCUCGUUGUACGACGAGGACACGGCGCCGUCCAUGGGGCUGUCCAUGACGCUGUCCAUGACGCUGUCCCAGCACGAGGACGACGCGCCGGAGGGCGACGCGCACGCCGACACGCACUCGUGCGCCUCCUACUCGCUGGGGCUGUACCCGCAGCGCAGCCCCAGGGGGUCGACGCGCGGCAGCAGCCUCAAUCACUCGCACAGCGGGUCUGUGGAGAUGAACGAGGCCUCGUCGCUCAGCAGCGUCUCGCACUCGAGGGGCAUCAGCGUGGACAACAACGAGUUGCGCGCGUCGUCGCUGAGCUCGGACGAGGGCAUCCCGCCCCUCGGCGCCGACCACCAGUGUGCCACCAGCCGUCGCAGUCUGCGGCGCCCGGCUCAGAGCAAGUCGCCCAGCCCCAACACGCUGAGCAUCCAGGUGCCCGUCUUCUCCUCGCUGGGGCAGUCGCUGCCCAACCUCAACCUGGCCGCGUCGCACUCCGGCGGCGUGCAGCCGCCCUCCUCGCUGCUGCUCGUGCCGCCCAGCGGCAAGCUCCACCAGCACCACGGCCCGCUGAGCCCAGGCCACCGCGGCACGUCCUACCCGCCGCCGUCGCCCCCGCGGGGCUCGCUGCACCGCGGGCUGGCUCUGGUCGCCUCGCGGAACCCGCCGCUCAUGAAGAUGAGGCACGUGUCGUCGGUGGGGGUGCCCAGCCUGCCCAGCCAGCAGUCCUGCUCGUCGGGCUGCUCGGCCUGGGUGCCGCCCCCGCCGCCCGGCCAGCAGGCCGCCACGGACACCCUGGACCUGGACGUGCCCGUCCUGGCGGGGGCGGCGUCCCCGCAGCAGCAGGGCGCCGAGGCCCCGCCCGGUCAGUCGUCCGCCGCGGGGACGGGGACGGGACCGCGCCAGGCCUUCGUCACCAAGAGGCUGACGCGCGGCGAGAACCGGCGCUACCACACCGCGGGCGCCGUGGACGACGUCAAGAAGGCGGAGGGACGAGACGCGUCCAUACAGAAGCGCUUCUCCUGGAACUACGGGCCGCAGAGCUGCGCCAAACGGCAGCUGCACGCCGCGCAGGACGGGCUGGACGACGGCGCGGGCGGCGGCCAGAUCAGCCAGGUCGGCCAUCACCAGGACGUGCUUCUCAUCGACCGGGCCACGAGCCCUCUGGAGCCCCCGCCCCAGAACAUCACAGAUGCGGCCUGGAGUCACGUGCACGCGGGGUCCAUGGGGUCCGUGGGGUCCAUGGGGUCCACGGAGAGGAACCCGUUCGCCGAGCCGGUGCUGUUCCAGAGCCCCAGCGUGGGCUCCAGUCCCAGUGUGUCGCUGUGCGGAGACUGCUCCCCAUGCCCCGCGCCGGGGGUGGCAGCAGCCACAGGGGCGGUCCACGGCGUCUCGGGGGUGGCGGGGGCGGCGGGGGGCAGCGUCACCUCCAGCCCCGCGCUCUCCACCAGCAGCCCCGUGGGGCCCGUGCAGCUGCCCAGCCUCAACACCAGCCCCACCAUGGGCAUGGGUCCCAUGGCCAGCAGCAACCCCUUCCUGGAGGACGUCGGCGCCCAGGACGUGGAUAGCCUCCCUCCAACGGGAAGCACCAACCCCUUCCUUGAGUCGACGGACAUUCCGGAUGAACCCAGCUCCGGUGCUGCUUCCGAUGAGGUUUUAGUCCUCAUAACCGAUGCUCAGACAGAGCAAACUACAGAUGCAUAGGUGACUCCAACGACAUCGAACAUUGACCGAGAAGCUGCGGUCGUCGGGCCUAAUUAGUGCAUAGAAAUAAGCAAAUAAAAUUCAGAAAUUGUGCUUAACACAAAUUCAGUGUGCUUAUGAAUUUUUUAUGAAACAUAGGUGUAAAAUGAUCAUCACCCUUGGUGCACGACCUGUAAAGGGACCACAUGAAAUAAGUUCUUCGCAACUUUGUUGCAAAUAUGAAUAUGUCAGAGAAUGUGAUCCUUCACAGCCAAAUGAAGUCGAGCAUUAAUAUGGAAAAAAGUGACCUUUCACUUAAAUGUCCGAGCCAAAAAUAAUAAUGUGACGACUCGUUUACCUUUUCUUUUCAGAUAGUAUGAGAAAUCUGUUAGAUAGCUGAAAAGUACACUCACGCUGUCAGCUAACAUAUCUUUUAGAACAAUGUACACGUUUAAGACAGUAGAAAUACUUCUUAGAAUUGACACGUAAAAAGUAUAAAACAUAACUGUAGAAAGCGGCCACAUUAGUUUCACCUUAAAUGUUACCAAAAUCCAUCCUUUCCAAGAUAUUUUCCAAAAAAGAAAUCUGUCCUGAUAUUGUACAUGCCAUCAAACUCGUGCGGUGUUCUGAUGGGUUUGUCUCCCAGCUGGUGCUGGGAUGGACCAUGGACCUUGCAAGAGGAGGUGAGGGCCCUCUUUUGGGUGCUCAGUCCCUCUUCUUUUUGUGUUUGAAGAAAAUAACUUUGAAGGAAUGUCACAAUAUUAUGUAGUGAGAGGCACACCAUGCCCACCCACUAUUCAUUUGUUUUCCCUUAAAAGCAAACAGUUGUAAAAUAACAUUUGUGAAUUGUUGCUGUCCUGACAUCAUAUCUAAUUUGUUUCAAAGUAAGAAGUUGGUUACACAACUAUCCCUUUGGAACUGAAACUUCGCAAGGCCUAAUGGUUUAUUGAAGUAGUUGGUUCGACUCAUUUAUUUUAUGGUCAAAAUGAAUAUUUUUCCGUUAAGACUAGAACGCUACUUAAUUUUGUACAGUGCCCCUUGGCACCUAUUAUUUUUCUCAAAGUGACCUCCAGCUAGGUCUUGGACCAAUCUUUCUAGCUUUUUAUGAGGUAAACAGGAUUCUCAAAUUUCUUGCGUCAGUUGUAGAGUUGUAUUUUCAUCGUCCUGCUGAACCCAACUUUCCUAGACUGUCAAGACACGUGACUCCAUAUUUCUGUUACAUUUU